CUGACAUGAACGUCUUGUCUGUCAGUUUUUAUUUUUUGUAGACACGCUCUACUUUCUUUUAUUGAUAUAUGAAUUUUAAAACAUGACUCACAGGAUAUUAGAAUUAUACAGCGGUAUCGGAGGCAUGCAUUGUGCUUGGAAAGAUUCUGGUCUACCAGGGACGAUAGUCGCCGCAGUUGAUAUAAAUACUGUUGCUAACGAAGUCUACAAACACAACUUUCCCGAGACUAAUCUUCUGACCCGAAAUAUCCAAGCAAUCAAACCAGAAGAAAUAAAGAAGAUGAAUAUAAACAUAAUACUUAUGUCUCCGCCAUGUCAACCUUUUUCAAGAAAUGGAAAGUUUCUAGACAAGAAUGAUCCAAGAAGUAAAUCUUUUACUUACUUACUUGAUAUACUGAGCGAGUUGGAUAGUGUAGAGUAUAUCUUAAUGGAGAAUGUAAAAGGGUUUGAGUGCUCCGCUGUGAGAGAUUUGUUUAUAAAGAAGUUACAGGAAUGUAACUUUGUGUAUCAAGAAUUUCUUAUUUGUCCAUCUACUGUGGGCGUACCCAAUUCAAGACUUAGGUAUUAUUGUUUAGCAAGGCGGAAAUCAACUUGGAAUUUCAAAAGAAGGGAUGAAAUAAUGACCAGACUUCCAAAAAAUUACGAUGACCCAUUUCUGCUUAGUGAAGUAAUUGAAGAAAAUGUGCCAGAAAGGUACUUGGUACCUGACAAGCUGCUAAAAAGGGCCUAUAUUUUUGACAUAUGCUAUAAAGACUCCAGAAGGUCAUGUUGUUUCACAAAAGCAUACACACACUAUGUUGAAGGCACUGGUUCUGUAUUCACAGAAGCGAGUCCGGAAACAGUAGAUAAAUGUUACAAAGAGGCACAUUCUCAUGAAGGUGGCAGCCCUGACUUUAUUAGUACUUUAAAAGACCUCAAAUUAAGGUUCUUUACGCCAAAAGAAGUAUCACAGCUCAUGGCUUUUCCUAUAAGCUAUGAGUUCCCAAAAAACAUAUCAAUAAAGCAGUGCUACAGAUUGUUGGGUAAUAGUGUGAAUGUCAAAGUGAUAUCAGAGUUAUUAAAGAUAUUAGUAGACUGA